AGCUGAGAACUAGUUAAUGUACGUCAUUGUGACGUAGGUUUGGCUACACGGAAGUGGAACGUGACCGUGCUAGCUAAGCUAACACAUUUCAGCUAGAUACUCACCUUUGAUUCUCAACUUUUAUGAAUAUCAUACAAGCGUGUAACGCACUGCAAAAGUCUACCAGCGACACUUACUAAAUGGUGACGAACACGUGCGGUCGGGUCGCGUGGCUGUUAACCGUGACGUGAACAUGUCUUCGUGUUGUCCCACACCCGUCUACUCCCAUGCUGGACGAGGAGACUUCCGAGAUGUUUACGAGCCGGCGGAAGACUCGUUCCUCUUGAUUGACGCCCUGGAGAAAGACGCAGCGCUGCUGCAGCAGAUGAGCCCGUGUGUGUGUUUGGAGGUGGGCAGUGGCUCAGGAGUGGUGUCUGCUUUUCUGGCAUCGCUGGUUGGACCUUCCGCUCUAUAUCUUUGCACUGAUGUGAAUCCUGCAGCUGCGCAGUGCACAGCUAAGACAGCUUCCUGUAACAAGGCGUCACUGCAGCCCGUCAUCACAUCCUUGGCGGAGGGUCUUCUGCCCCGCUUAAGUGGGGAAGUGGAUGUCCUCCUGUUCAACCCUCCCUAUGUGGUCACGCCUUCAGAGGAGGUGGUUCAGCCCCGUGCAGCAGGUGGUCUUCAGUUUACAGAUGAGGAGCAGUUCAUCACUGUGCUUUUCUUCCAGGUCGGCAGCUCGGGUAUUGAGGCUGCUUGGGCCGGUGGGAAGCGAGGGCGAGAGGUGACCGACAGAUUUCUGCCUGUGGUAGCGCAGUUGCUCUCCAGUAAAGGCUUAUUCUACCUCGUUACCAUUGCAGAGAAUGAGCCGGAGGAGAUCAUCCGUUUUCUGGGCAAAUGUGGCUUGAGAGGAGAGACGUGCAUGUCGACUAGAGCUGGAAAUGAGAGGCUGUCUGUCCUGCGCUUCCAAAGCAGCUAACGGUCACUUUUAAAUCACCUGAAAAGAUUACAGGAACUCUUUUUUGCCAUUCGGGAUGCAGUAUUGUCUGCAAGUAAGGACAAAUGCAGAAAACUGUAAGAUUCACCAGACAAGAACUUCUUAUUAAAGCUGUAAAGAACAAGAACUUCUUAUUAAAGCUGUAAAGAACAAGAACUUCUUAUUAAAGCUGUAAAGAACAA